UGAUGUUUUUUCAUUAGCUAUUUUUUGUUGUCAUUUUCUUUGCUGAUCAAAAAUUAUUUUCAAAAGUUUUGUUUUGUUUUGAUUUAGCGUGUGGCAGAUUAUUGCAUUUCAGAGAAAAUUUUCCCUAUUGUUCGCCAUAAUGAUGAAUGACAAUCGGCGAAUAUUGUUGGAUUUUCAUGGAAAAGUUGCCGUUAUAACUGGAGCUGCAAGGGGUUUAGGUCGUGAAUAUGCUUUACUUUUGGCAUCUCGAGGAGCAUCUAUCAUUGUAAAUGAUCUUGGUGGUGAUCGUGAUGGAACGGGUAAGAGUUCAGCUGCCGAUUUAGUUGUCAAUGAAAUUCGACAACGCGGUGGUCAAGCUGUGGCUGAUUACAAUUCAGUGGAAGAAGGUGAAAAAAUUGUUCAAACUGCAAUCGAUAAUUUUGGUCGAAUCGAUAUUCUAAUCAAUAAUGCAGGCAUUUUAAGAGAUAAAUCAAUGAUGAAAAUGACACCAGAAGAUUUUGAUCUGGUGCAUCGUGUUCAUCUUCGAGGUUCGUUUCUGACUACCAAGGCAGCAUGGCCAUAUUUUCGUCAACAAAAUUAUGGACGAAUUAUCAUGACAGCAUCACCUUCAGGAAUUUAUGGCAAUUUUGGCCAGGCAAAUUAUAGUUCUGCUAAACUUGGCCUAUUAGCAUUGGCAAAAACAUUGGCCAUUGAAGGUAGCAAAUAUGAUAUUAAAUGUAAUACUAUUGUACCUGUUGCUGCUUCACGAUUAACCGAAGAUUUAUUACCCGAAGAUAUUUUCAAUCUUUUACAACCAAGUUGUGUAGCACCUAUGGUCGGUUAUCUAUGUCAUGAAUCAUGUCCAACAAAUGGUGAUGUAAUCGAAGCAGCCGGUGGUUAUUUUGGGCGUUAUCAAUGGCAACGUUCCAGGGGAAAAGUUUUUACCGAUACUAAUCAGAUUACAAUCGAAGAUAUUCAAAAUAAUUGGCAGCAAAUAACCGGCAUGUCAGAAGGUUAUUCAAAUCCAACUUCGAUGGAAGAUCAUACUGUUUUGUUGAUGACUCAGCUACGUUCGGGUGAAGAUAUAAACGAAUCGAUUACGAACCAAUCUCAACCAGAUCGUGUUUAUAUCGAUCUUACGGUUGAAGAUGCUAUUCUAUAUGCACUUUCAGUUGGUGUUUCAACUGAUGAACCAAAUCAUCUACGUUAUUUAUAUGAGAAUGAUGAAAAUUUUUCAGUAUUACCAUCAUUAGCAACAACAAUAUCAUUGAAUGCAGUUUAUCAAAGUAAUAUACUCGAUCAAGCAAUCAGACAAUAUGGAUUGGAAGAUAAUCUAAUGCGAACAUUACAUGGUGAACAAUAUCUUCGAAUUUAUCGACAAAUUCCUUGUCCAUCUAGGUUAGCAUGUGAAACAAAAAUAUUGGAUGUUCUUGAUAAAGGAUCGGCUGGUGCAUUGAUCAUAAUCGAAGUGACAACUUAUGAUGAUGGCAAUUCACCUUUAUUCUAUAAUCAAUUAUCAUUUUUUAUGAUUGGUAGUGGUAAUUUUGGUGGAAAAAGACAUUCAGAAAUUUCUCAUAUAAUUACUACGGAAAAUGUUCCAAAUGAUCGAUCAGUUGCUGAUUGGAUCAUUACACAGCAAACUACAGAUAAUCAAGCUGCUAUAUUUCGUUUAUGUGGUGAUAAAAAUCCAUUGCAUAUUGAUAGUAAUUUUUCCAAAAUUGCAGGUUUCAAUCAACCAAUCCUACACGGAUUGUGUGCACUUGGAUUUGCUUGCCGUCAUAUAUUGGCUGUUUAUGCUGAUUAUGAUUGUCGUUAUUUUGAUUCGAUUAAAGUUCGUUUUACCGGUACAAUACGUCCUGGACAAACAAUUGAAACUCGUACUUGGAAAUCAUCAUCAUUUGAUCAGGAAAAUCUUGUACGAAUACAUUUUGAAUGUUUUGUUCGUGAAACUGGUUCGAAAAUUAUUUCCUCAUCGUUUGUUGAUCUGAAAACACCGUUACCAUCACCAAAAAUGGCAAUUUCUUCAGCCAAUAUUAAGAUUGCCCCUGGAAACAAGAAUCAUGAAUCAUCAUCAUCUGAUCAUUUCAUCUGUAAAGUGGAUAGAAUUUUUGAUGAAAAAAUUCGUCCAAGAAUUGCUAAACAUUCUGAACUUAUACCAUUAAUCAAUACUGUUUGUCAAUUCAAUAUUACCAAGCAAGGCAAAUUGGCUAGUGUUUGGAUAUUGGAUAUGAAAAAUGGAAACGGUGAAGUUUAUUAUGGAGCAAGAUCGAAUUUGAUGGCUGAAUGUACAUUAACCGUUGAAGAUGAUGCAUUAGUUGAAAUAUUUGAAGGACGAGAUGAACCAAUGCUAGCUUUUAUUGGUGGCCGAUUGCAGGUUAGUGGUAAUAUAACGGCUGCACAAAAAUUGCAACAAUUAUGGUCCGAAGAUGAACCGAUUACACCGAUUGACGACAACGAACAUCAGCAACAAAAACAACAAAACAAAAACACUGACGACGAAGAUGAUGAAUUGUUACGUUCAAUACCGACAACUGGAUUGAAAAGCGAUAUAAUGUUCACCAUAAUUCGAAAUCGAAUGCAUGAGGAACCAGAAAUUAUGAAACGAUUAACGGCUAGUUAUCAAUUUAAUAUCCUAUUGAAUGGUGAACCAAAAACAAUUUGGUCAGCUGAAAAUAAAACCAAUCCCGGUGGUUGUGUUUAUAACAAACCAUUCAUGAAUGGUAAACCUGAUUGUAUGCUUACAGCUGAAGAUGAUGAUCUGAUUAAACUAAUGUUUGGUAAAUUAAAUCCACAAAGAGCAUUCAUGAUGGGCAAAUUAAAAGUAAAGGGCAAUAUAUUAUUAUUACAACGAUUGUAUUCACUUUGGUUGGAAUUACAAAAAAUGGGUAAAACACCAGAGCUUCCUUUUAUAGUAGACCUGAUGUCAAAAACCGACCUUAAACCUGGAAUACGAAGCGAAAUGAUGAUUGUUGAAUUGAUUCAACGUUUAAUACGAUUACCAUAUUUAUGCAAAGAAAUUCGAACAUUGAUUGGAUUUGAAAUCUUCAAAGAUGGCGAAAUAGUAGCCGAAUAUCAAUUGGAUUUUGGUAAAAAUGAUCGUACCGGUGUAUUUGAUCGUGGUCUACCCGAAAUCAAACCAUUCACCAUAAUGACAGCGACCGAUGAUGAUUUUGUACGAUUAACUUAUCAUCGUUUCACAUUGGAACAAGCAAUUGAAUCUGGUCGGAUAAAAAUUCGAGGUGAUCAUUCGAUUAUACCGAAAAUAUCGAUUAUAUUCAAAACACCAACAUCACGAGUAAAGCUUUAAUUAGGAUAUUAUUUGAAAAAAUCGCAACAAGUUUUGUUUGUUUGUUUUUUUAUAAUCGGUUUUAUUUAUAAAAUAAUUAUUCCCAGAUAUUAACAAUAUUUUUAUA